AUGAAGAGCUCCGCAGAUGGGGCUGAAUUUGCGGGGCUGAGAUCGGGGUCGGUUAAGAGUUCGUUAGCUGGUUUAAGCCUUUCAAGGGCGCUGACAUCGAAGCUCUCAGGGAAAAUAGGCUGCGUUCAGAACCCUGGUAAUAGAUGCCGUGCCCUAGCCGUGCCCCUUGCUGAGCCCUUGCUGAGCCAUGAUGUCAAAUCUACCUGCAGGUACCUUGGAGUGACUCUCUUCCGCAAUCCCCGCGUUCGCUACCGCCUCAACCCGGUUAAUAAUCAAUCGACUGCAUCUUCUCUAAUCAACCUCAAACCUCAACCCGAACCUCAACCUCAACCUCAACCUCAUCCUCAUCCUCCAUCCCAUUACUCGGUCUCACCCCUUCCUCCCACCCCGACUCCCUCUCCCUCCUCUACCAUCUCAACCCAGAUUAUCCUCACAUCUGCCCCCCAUCUCAACACCCGCCACUAUCUCUCUCACGCGGUCUCACGCGAUCUCACCCCCGCUUUACCUCUCCGCAACUGCCCCCUCUCUUCUCUUCUCCUGCUUGCUCGGUUUGCGGAGAUUCUUCUCCCGACUGUUUCCAUCUACCUACCGUGA